AUGGUAUACACCCGUCUUAUACAUGAUCGUGAAUUGCAAUUGUGUGAUGGCACUACUCUGUUGAGUGGAGAACGUUAUGAGGCUUUAUUGCAGCAGGGUUUUACCAAACUACAAUUGGCGGAAAAGGGUAUUUUAAAGAUUCAUGAUAGUUUUAGAAUUAUUGCUCUGGCAGAGCCCCCAAAUCCCAAUACAACCGCUCAGAAUUGGUUGACUCCUGAAAUGUUGAGUCUUUUCUUGUACUUGGAGGUUAGACCUUUACAGCAAUCGGAGGAAUUUGAGAUUAUGAAGAAACUUUAUGGUAAUAUUGAUGAUAGUAUCCAUAAAGUAAUACAAUUGUCUCAUAUUUUAAGAGACUCUUCGGAUACCGCGUUACAAAAUUUGUCGGGUACAUUGUCCACCAGACAGCUAUUGAAAAUUGCCCGCCGCAUGUCUUCUUAUCCCACUGAUGUUUAUGAAAUUAUACAAAACACUUUCUUAACAAAGUUUAUGCCCGCUCUACCCAGAGCUGCUUUGGAAAAUGCCAUACGUCAGGCUGGUAUAGAACCAGAAACAGGCAAACAAACCGGACGUAGAAAGAUUUCAGUGGAAAAUAAUAUUUUGAAAAUUGGCAACACCGAAAUGAAAUUGGUGGAUGCUAGUGAAGAGUCCAAAGUGCCCAGUACUUUGUUCUAUGAAAUGCCCCAACAUGUGGCCUUACUCGAACGUCUUUUGCAAGAUUUCCUCAUAGGCGAUCAUUUGUUGUUGGUGGGUAAUCAGGGAGUGGGUAAAAAUAAACUUAUUGACAAAUUGCUGCAAUUGAUGAAUAAGCCUCGUGAGUAUUUACAACUGCAUAGAGACACCACAGUACAUAGCUUGACGGUGCAGUCUACUUUGCGCGACGGCCAGGUGGUCUAUGAAGACAGUCCUUUAGUAAAGGCUGUUAAAACUGGUCAUAUCUUGGUUAUCGAUGAGGCUGACAAGGCUCCCGUUAAUGUCACCUGUAUUUUGAGGACCUUGGUGGAAAGUGGUGAAAUGAUGCUGUCUGAUGGUCGUAAAAUUGUAGCGCCUGGAGACAAGGAAUCAGCUCUGGAGGAAAAUCCUGCGCAGGAGAUUAUAGAAACCCACCCCAACUUCCGUGUUAUAGUAUUGGCUAAUCGUCCUGGUUUCCCUUUCUUGGGUAAUGAUUUCUUUGCCUCCUUGGGAGAUGUUUUCAGUUGUCAUGCCGUCGAUAAUCCGUCACCUGAUUCUGAAAUCUUUUUAUUACAACAAUAUGGUCCUUCGGUGCCUAAGAAAACAUUGGCCACUUUGGUUAAUGCCUUUGGAGAGUUGAGACAAAUGGCUGAUGAAGGUUUAUUAAACUAUCCCUACUCUACUAGAGAAGUAGUGAAUAUUGUAAAACAUUUGGAAAAAUAUCCCAAUGAAAACAUGUCUGAAUUGGUGGGUAAUGUUUUGGAUUUCGAUAAAUACCAACCCGAAGCUUUAGAACAAGUAACCGGGGUGUUGGCUAAACAUGGUCUACCCAUAGAAGCCUAUGCACGCAAUGAAUUGUACGCUUUGCGCAAAAAGAAGGAAAUACAAUUGACUGUCAAUCGCAAAAGUGGUUUGGGUGUUUCGGGGCCAAAAUACGGCAAAGUAGAUCCUAAAAAUGAGCCGCAUGUAGGUGGCAAUACUUGGGCUGGUGGUAGUGGUGGUCGUGAUACUGCUGGUUUGGGUGGUAAAGGUGGUCCCUUUCGUUUAGAUGCUGGCCAUAAGGUGCAUCAACUUUCGGAUGAAGAAAAAGACGAUAUACCGGAGGAAGUGAAAAAAGCUGCACGCGAAAUGAAUCGUAAAGCAUUUGAGGAAAAAUUAAAAGAAAUAAAAAUGUCGGCUCACGAUCAUUCUCUUUACGCCCAGUUUAGUGAACCCAUACGCAAACAAGUGCAACAAUUAAAGGCUGUUUUAGAUGCCAUGCAAACAAAGAGCAAGGAACGGCAGUGGCAAAAGUAUCAAACUCAUGGUGAACUAGAUGAUACCCGCUUAAUUGAAGGUAUAACCGGAGAGAAAAACAUUUAUCGACGUCGAGCAGAUGCCAAUCCCUGGGCUGAUCAUAUACAAGAAAAACCAAAUCGUCUUAAAUUGGUGGUAGAUGUUUCUGGUUCCAUGUAUCGUUUCAAUGGCUAUGAUGGACGUUUAGAUCGUGAAUUGGAGGCUGUGGUCAUGGUAAUGGAAGCCUUUGAGGGUUAUGAAAAGAAAAUCGUUUACGAUAUUGUCGGUCACAGUGGUGAGGGCUAUGAAAUACCCUUUAUCAAUGCCGGCAGUCCACCACGCACCGAUAAAGAACGUUUCGAAACAAUACGCAUGAUGCAUGCUCAUUCACAAUUCUGCUGGUCAGGUGAUAGUACUGUAAAGGCUACCAAAGAAGCGGUUAAUACUUUAGCCGAAGAAGAUUAUGAUAAUUCCAUUGUGGUGGUGUUGAGUGAUGCGAAUCUAUCGAGAUAUGGUAUUGAUCCCAAAGAUUUUGCCAAGGCUUUAAUGAAUGGUGAACCUAAGGUCAAGGGUCAUGUUAUUUUUAUAGGCAGUUUAGAGGAGGAGGCUGAUGUCAUAAAUUCCCAAAUGCCUGCCGGUCACAGUUACGUUUGCAUGGAUGUCUCAACUUUACCCCAAAUCCUUAAACAAAUCUUUACCUCUUCAUUAUUGUGA